CAACUUCGAAGUCGAUUCCCUAACCUUGUUUCGCUGAUUCUGCUGAAGGAACUGAACGUGAAUUGUUUUGGUUGUUUGUGCAGUAUAAUUGUUAGAUAAAACAAACCGUAUAAUUGACAAGAUAUGAAGCAGUUUAUUGUCUUUUCUGCUUAUUAAAGUAACGACUAUUCAAACACGAAAUGCCUCCAAAAUGUAAAUUUCAGGAAGGAGAAAAGGUUUUAUGCUUCCACGGGCCACUGAUCUAUGAAGCAAAGUGCUUGAAGUCUUCUGUUACUAAAGAAAAGCAAGUCAAAUAUUUUAUUCAUUAUGCUGGAUGGAACAAAAAUUGGGACGAAUGGGUACCAGAGAGCAGAGUGCUCAAGUAUAAUGAAGCAAAUGUACAGAGACAGAAGGAAGUUCAGAGAGCACAUUCAAGUCAACAAUCCACCCAGAAAAAUAAGAAAGGAAAUACAACAACAAAAACACAGGGAAGAAGAAGCGAAGGUGGUAGGGAAAAAGAUGAUAGUAGAUCAAGCACUCCUGUUGCAACAGUUGAUAGAAGUAUCAGUCGUUUCAACAAAAGUGCCAGCAGCACUGUAACAUCUUCAUCUUCUCAUGAAUCUACAUCUGAGCCCCAGCGUAAAAAACGAAGUCGACUAGAACCGUCUAGUGAAACGGAAGAGUUCCUCACUAAAGUAGAAGUCAAGAUCAAGUUGCCCGAAGAAUUGAAGUUUAUGCUGAUAGAUGAAUCUGAGAUAAUACUGAAACAUCAUAAAUUGCCGGCAUUACCUGUACAGAACACAGUUGAUAAAAUCUUAGACGAUUAUGUAGCAACAAAAUCCGUGAAAACGAACGAUACUAAAGAAAGUACGCUGGAAAUAACAAAAGGUAUUCGUGAAUAUUUCAAUAUCACAUUAGGUCUUCAACUGUUGUAUAAAUGGGAACGACCGCAAUUUAUACAAAUAAUGGCCGAUAAUCCGGAAACAUCGCCGAGUCAAGUGUACGGGGCGUUUCACUUGCUCAGACUGUUCGUGAAACUCGGAAGUAUGUUGUCUUAUACACCCUUAGACGAGAGGAGUAUACAAUUAUUGUUGUCGCAUUUUCACGAUUUCUUGCAGUAUCUGCAGAAAAACAGCGCCGAACUUUUCAAUCUUCAAGAAGAUUACACGGACCCCCCACCGGAUUAUCAUCGAAAAUACGGUUAAACGCUCAAACUAAGAUCAAUUUGUAAAGUCGGUUUGUCCUCAUUUAUUCUUUGAACUUUUUUAUGCACUUACAUUAUUUUACAUGAACAAUUGUAUCUAACAUCAAUUGCGAGUGUACUAAUUUGUAGUACGUCGUUUUUUUACAGAGACUGACUGUUUCAGUUGUAAAUAAAAUUCGAACUCAAUUAUAUACAUAUGUAGGUAGGAAAAUUUUUUUGUGAAAUAUACAAACGUGAUCUCAUCAUUCUUAAAAAUAUUUUAUAUAAUAUUUUAUCUGUUCUAUGAGUUCGUAUAUUCAAUAUUCAUUAAUAUUAAAUUGCUUAUCAGUUUGAAAUAUCUAAUGUACAAAUGUUUGAGCUAUUCAAGAACUAAAUUUUUUAAUUAAAUCUAUUAUUCAAAAUUUUGUAGGAGACGUAUGCCAACUGUCGCAAAGGAACGCCAAGUAAGUUACACAAGCACCGCUAACUUACGAUGCGUUUCAAAACUACUCAUCAGACAGAAAUAAAGCGUUCGAUUGACUAGUCAGAACAAAAAGAAAAAAAAAAUUUUCCGUAUUUUGAUUGAUAUCGAACGCGCUAUUCAUUUUAAUCUCGGCCGUCAGAUAAAUGACAUUUUUAACUUUUACCUGUUUUAC